CAAGGGGCGGGGUUAGUGUCGGUGACUGCUGUUUAAAACGCUCGUGGAUUUUCCCGAAACCUCAGAACGCAAUUGACAGUUAUGAGAGAGGCGCGUGUCAGGUGACAGCUUUCGAAGCACGUUUGUUGAAGCGGAGUGAGACUGAGUUUGGAUACCCACCACGUUAAAGCCCCUGGGAUCUUAGCUUUUUUUUUAUUCCUCUCCUGCGUAUUUUAUACAAGUUCUGCUGUCUUCAACAGGCUGAUGUGGCCAAUGCAGGUCCUGACCUCAAAUGACCGAAGAGUGAGCUCCCUCUGAAAUCCGAAGGUCCUCCUUGGUGACGCCAAGGAAGGAGCGCAGAAAAGGGCGGUUGGCGCCUCCACCUUCUACUCCAUUUUCCUGCGUGUGUGGUCCUGAGAGCGUUCAAAACUGUUUCUCCAACGGUUUUUUCCAGAAACUCAGACUGUUUUGCAAAGCAGAGGCACAGCCGUCCCAGGCGGAAGCGAUGGGAAGCGUGCGCACAAAUCGCUACAACAUUGUGUCCUCCGAGGAAGACGGAAUGAAACUGGCAACCGUGGCGGUGCCCAACGGGUACGGCAAGGGCAAAGUGCACACACGGCAUCAAACCCACAGCCGUUUUGUCAAGAAGGACGGCCACUGCAAUGUACAGUUUGUGAACGUCGGGGAGAAAGGCCAGCGCUACCUGGCAGACAUUUUCACCACUUGCGUGGACAUUCGUUGGCGCUGGAUGCUGGUCAUCUUUUGCUUAGCCUUUGUGCUCUCCUGGUUGUUUUUUGGUUGUAUUUUCUGGCUCGUGGCUCUGCUUCAUGGGGACCUGAAGUCUACUGAGCGCCCUUGUGUCUCCAACGUUGGCAGCUUCACGGCAGCUUUCCUCUUCUCCAUUGAGACGCAGACCACCAUUGGCUACGGUUUCCGGUAUGUGACUGAUGAAUGCCCCGUUGCUGUUUUUAUGGUGGUUUUCCAAAGCAUUGUGGGCUGCAUCAUCGAUGCCUUUAUUAUCGGAGCGGUCAUGGCGAAGAUGGCAAAACCCAAGAAGAGGAACGAGACGCUUGUGUUUAGUCAUAACGCCACCGUUGCGAUGAGGGACAACAAACUCUGUUUAAUGUGGCGGGUGGGGAAUCUACGAAAAAGCCACCUGGUGGAAGCCCAUGUGCGGGCUCAGCUGCUCAAGUCCAGGACAACAGCCGAGGGAGAAUAUAUCCCCUUGGACCAGAUAGACAUAGACGUCGGAUUUGACAGCGGCAUCGAUCGUAUCUUCCUCGUCUCCCCUAUCACGAUCGUACAUGAAAUCGAUGAGGACAGCCCGUUCUACGACAUGAGCAAGCAAGAACUGGAAUGCUCCGAAUUUGAGAUUGUGGUCAUCUUGGAAGGGAUGGUGGAGGCCACAGCGAUGACCACCCAGUGCCGGAGUUCCUACCUGGCCAGUGAAAUAUUGUGGGGUCACAGGUUUGAGCCUGUGCUCUUUGAGGAAAAGAAUUAUUACAAAGUAGACUAUUCUCGCUUUCAUAAGACUUACGAGGUGCCCAGCACUCCGCUGUGCAGUGCCAGAGACCUCGCCGAGAAGAAGUUCAUCCUCUCCAACACUAACUCCUUCUGCUACGAAAACGAAGUGGCAUUGCUCAGCAAGGAAGAGAUGGAAGACAUCGGAGGCAGCUUUGGGCCGGAGGUCACCACCAGCACAGACAGGACCUCCGAAUCGGAACACUUGCAGGCUACGGUGCCGCUAGAGCCGAGGUCGCUGAGGCGGGAGUCCGAAAUCUGAUGGCGCGACCUUCUGAGACAGAUCCAAAAAAAAAAAAAAUUAAAGCUUAUUGUCGAAGUGGCGCAAUGAGCCGAAGAGAUGUUUGGGCUGACGGUACUGCUGAUGUGUGAUCGGGACUGCAGACUGGAGUGGCGUUUUGGUAACACAAAACACAAACAUAAAAAAAAAACACACACACACACGCAAAUAUACAGAAUGGAUCCCGACAACUUUUUU